UUUUUUUGCUUCUGUUCCUGUUGUUGAUGCUGUUUCAUGGGAAACGUGCUGAAAAAUAAGCGGGUUCAAUAAAUUUUGAGAUUGAAAGUCAGGGAAAGACAAGAACUUUAUGAGCUCCGAUUGUUGUUAUAGGUCGAUCGUUUCUGGGUUUGUGGGUUUAAGUUGAGUUAUGAAGUGGGUGUUGGAAAUUUUGGGUCUUGAUCAGUUUGUUAGCAACUUUUGAGGUUGUAAAUAUGGAGGUUCUAGGUUGGAAGUUUUGAUUUUGGGAUUGUUUUAGGGUUUAGGGUUAGGUUUCUGGUAGUUGAUGGUGAUCAAUUUGAGGUUUUGAGAAGGGGGUUAGUAAUCAUAGGUGUUUUUUUGUGUUUUUGAGAAUGUUGUCGGAAUUAGGAAGGAGGCCAAUGCUCGGAGGAAACGAGGGUUCCUUUGGUGAUGAAUUCGAGAAGGAGAUAGGGAUGCUGCUGAGGGAGCAGCGUAGGCAAGACGCUGAUGAUCGCGAAAGUGAGCUGAAUAUAUAUAGAAGUGGAUCAGCACCUCCCACUGUGGAGGGUUCUUUGAAUGCGGUCGGUGGGUUGUUUGCUGGCGGCGGUGGCGGCGGGGGCAGCGGUGGCGGCGGUGGCAGUGCUGGUGCCGCCUUUUCGGAGUUUCCUGGAGCUAGGAAUGGAAAUGGGUUCGAGUCCGAAGAGGAGCUUAGGUCUGAUCCUGCUUAUAUUCAAUACUAUUACUCGAAUGUGAACUUGAAUCCGCGGCUUCCACCUCCUUUGCUGUCGAAGGAGGAUUGGAGGUUUGCACAAAGGAUGAAAGGAGGAGGGAGUUCAGUGUUGGGUGGGAUAGGAGACAGGAGGAAAGUAAAUAGGGUUGAUGAGGCUAGCGGAAGAUCGCUGUUUUCGAUGCCGCCAGGUUUCAACUCAAGGAAACAAGAGGGUGAGACCGAGUCGGACAAAGUGCGUGGCUCAGCAGAGUGGGGUGUUGAUGGACUGAUUGGUCUGCCAGGUGUAGGACUUGGUAACAAACAAAAGAGCCUUGCCGAUAUCUUUCAGGAUGACUUGGGUCGUGCAGCUCCUGUUUCUGGGCAUCCUUCUCGUCCAGCAAGCCGUAAUGCAUUUGAUGACAAUGCAGAAUCUGUUGGUUCGGCCGAAUCUGAUCUAGCUCAUUUGUGCCGUGACUUGAUGACUUCUGAUGCUCUACGAUCUAGUGCAAAUGGCCAGGGCUCAUCUGCAGCACAAAGUAUGGGCCCGCCUUCAUCAUAUUCGUAUGCUGCAGCUCUAGGUGCUUCCUUAUCAAGAAGCACCACUCCUGAUCCUCAAGUUGUCGCUAGGGCUCCUAGUCCUUGCCUCACACCUAUUGGAGGAGGAAGGGUUGGUGCUUCAGAAAAGAGAGGCAUUAGUAGUCCAAGUUCCUUCAAUGGUGUCUCAUCUGGCAGGAAUGAGUCUGGGGAUCUGGUGGGCGCAUUUUCCGGCAUGAACUUGUCUGCAAAUGGUGUAAAAGAUGAUGAGAGCCAUUUGCCAUCACAGAUUAAGCAAGAUGUAGAUGAUCACCAGAAUUAUCUGUUUGGUCUUCAAGGUGGCGAGAAUCAUGCCAGGCAGCUUGCAUACCUCAAGAAGUCUGAAUCUGCGCAUAUGCACAUGCCUUCUGCUCCACACUCUGCAAAAGGUUCAUACACAGAUUUGGGUAAGAGCAAUGGCGGUGGGUCAGAUUCCUCUGAUAGGCAAGUUGAACUGCAAAAGUCUGCUGUUUCUUCGGGUAACUUGUACUCAAAAGGAUCUCCCGCAUCCAAUCUUAAUGGUGGGGGUGGCUUGCAUCAUCAGUAUCAGCAAGUGGAUCAUGCAAACUCACCAUUUCCUAACUAUGGAUUAAGUGGGUACUCUAUGAAUCCAGCGUUGGCGUCCAUGGUGGCUAGCCAACUUGGCACUGGUAAUCUUCCACCCUUGUUUGAAUCAGCUAUGGGAUCCCCUGGAAUGGAUUCAAGAGUGCUUGGAGGCCGUAUGUCCUCUGGACCAAACCUAGCAGCUGUUGCAAAUGAAUCACUUAAUCUUGGUGGCUUGGGGAGUCCGAUUGCAGGGAGCGGUCUUCAGGCUCCCUUUGUUGAUCCUAUGUAUCUUCAGUACUUGAGGACAUCUGAGUAUGCUGCAGCACAGCUUGGUGCUCUUAAUGAUCCUUCUGUGGAUAGGAACUACUUGGGUAAUUCGUACAUGAAUUUACUUGAACUUCAAAAGGCGUAUCUUGGAGCCUUGCUGUCACCACAAAAGUCACAGUAUGGUGUUCCUAUGGUUGGCAAGUCUGGUGGUCCUAAUCAUCAGGGGUAUUAUGGAAAUCCUGCAUUUGGUCUAGGCAUGUCUUAUCCUGGAAGUCCUCCUGUUAUUCCUAACUCUCCAGUUGGACCAGCUACUCCUAUGAGGCACAAUGAACUCAAUAUGUGUUAUCCCUCUGGGAUGAGGAAUUUAGCUCCCUGGCACCUGGAUGGUGGAUGUAACAUAGAUGAAAGUUUUGCUUCUUCACUCUUAGAAGAAUUUAAGAGCAACAAAGCCAAGUCUUUUGAACUUUCAGAGAUCGGCGGACAUGUUGUGGAGUUCAGUGCGGAUCAGUAUGGGAGUCGUUUUAUUCAACAAAAACUUGAAACUGCCACUACAGAAGAGAAAAACAUGGUUUAUCAAGAAAUCAUGCCUCAAGCUCUUGCUCUAAUGACUGAUGUGUUUGGUAAUUAUGUGAUUCAAAAGUUUUUUGAGCAUGGACUUCCACCUCAGAGAAGGGAAUUGGCCAACAAGCUUUUCAGUCAUGUACUGACACUUAGCCUUCAAAUGUAUGGUUGUCGGGUGAUCCAGAAGGCAAUAGAAGUUGUUGAUCUGGACCAAAAGAUCAAAAUGGUUGAAGAACUUGACGGUCAUGUCAUGCGCUGCGUACGUGAUCAGAAUGGGAACCAUGUCAUCCAGAAGUGUAUUGAAUGUGUCCCUGAAGAGGCCAUUCGUUUUAUUGUGUCAACAUUUUUUGAUCAAGUCGUGACCCUUUCAACCCAUCCAUAUGGGUGUCGUGUGAUACAGAGAGUUCUUGAGCACUGCAAAGAUGAGAAUACAGAGAGUAAAGUUAUGGAUGAGAUUCUAGGAGCUGUUAGCAUGUUGGCACAAGAUCAGUAUGGCAAUUAUGUCGUUCAGCAUGUGCUGGAGCAUGGAAAACCGCAUGAGCGCUCUGCUAUCAUAAAAGAAUUAGCUGGGAAAAUAGUCCAAAUGAGCCAGCAGAAGUUUGCGUCCAAUGUAGUAGAGAAGUGUUUAACUUUUGGUGGUCCUGCUGAGCGUGAAUUGCUAGUGAAUGAGAUGCUUGGCACUACUGAUGAAAAUGAGCCUCUUCAGGCAAUGAUGAAGGAUCAAUUUGCGAACUAUGUUGUACAAAAAGUGUUGGAGACUUGUGAUGACCAACAACGUGAACUGAUUCUUUCCCGAAUUAAAGUUCAUUUGAAUGCAUUAAAGAAAUACACUUAUGGAAAGCAUAUUGUUGCUCGUGUAGAAAAACUUGUUGCUGCUGGGGAAAGGAGAGUUGCUCAGUCUGCUCAGCACCCUGCUUAGGCGGUGUAGGAAAAUAAAGUUGCUUGUACAGCUAACUGAGGCUAGUGUGUGUUUUCCCUCCCUUCGUUGUCGUCUCUCUCCCUCGUAUCUAGAGCUACGACCAACUCUGCCUAUCUUUCCGAAGACAGGUACGAGGCGGUUUGAAAAUAAAGUUGUUGCUAUGUACUGGAAAACUGUACAUUGUGUAGUUUUAAAGCUUAUACGUAGAGUCGAAGCUGGCUGUGCGUUCAGGUGAUGAACACAUCUGAUGCCCCCUGCAGAGGAGAUAAAUGACUACAAGUUUUUUAAGGGUGUAAAAAAUGAUUAAUGGUGAGGUAGUUUAUAUGUCGACGUGACUGUACAAAUGUUGCCAUGUGGAGAGCUGUUCAUGAUUAGGCGAGGCCACAGUUUUUUCUUAUGAAGUGUAUCGUAAUGACUUUUUUUUUUUUAUCACAUAAAGUACAGUUUUCUAUGGAAGUAUAAUGUUUCAUUGCUAUA